AUGGAGCAGGCCCUAACCACCAUCCUGCUCUCCGUCCUCCUGAAAGCCCUUCAGGGAAGCCCCCCAGCUCUCCCAUUCAACGUCUCCCUAACAAAUGCCAGAGGGAUAAGCCUGGACUCAGUGUGUGGACGCCCACGUGUAACAGGCCGCAUCAUUUCGGGCCAGGAUGCCCAGCCGGGCCAGUGGCCAUGGCAAGUCAGCCUGAGGGAAUAUGGAUUGCAUGUGUGUGGGGGCUCGCUGAUCACUGAGGACUGGGUGCUGACUGCAGCCCACUGCUUGGACCGGAACCAGCCUCUGUCCGCCUACUUCGUCCUGCUGGGUACCAUCUCCUCCUACCCUAAGCCUGACGAACCCCAGAAGCUCCACGCCGUGGCCCAGUUCAUCACCCACCCAGGCUACAUGGAGAAACCCGUCAGCAGAGACAUCGCCCUAGUGAAACUGGCUUCCCCUGUCAACUUCAGUGACCUCAUCCUUCCAGUCUGCCUCCCCAAACCUAGAGACCUGCUGGGUCACGGCACGUGGUGCUGGGUCACUGGCUGGGGGAACAUCGACACAAAUCUACCACUCCCUCCACCCUUCACCCUGAAGGAGCUAAAACUGCCCCUCAUUGACACCCAGACCUGCGAUGCCUUCUACCAUGAGAAUUCCGGCAUCCCCAGCCAGAAGCCCAUCAUCCUGGACGACAUGCUGUGCGCCGGCUUUGAGAAUGGCCAGAAGGACGCCUGCGGGGGUGACUCUGGAGGCCCUUUGGUUUGUGACAUUGAUGGCGUCUGGACCCAGGCUGGGAUAGUGAGCUGGGGGGAUAGCUGUGCCCUCCCCAAGAGGCCAGGCGUUUAUACCAACGUCAGCGUCUAUACCACAUGGAUUCUCAGCAUAAUCCAGAGUUCAGCCCCAGAUGACAGAAGCUUCUCUCCAAGCUUUGCUGGGAUCUUUUUCUCUGCCUUAUUGUUGUCUCUGGGACCACUAGGGGCACCCCUGUCUCCCUGA